AUGUCAUUCGAUAUUAUUGUUACAAGCAGUGUUAGUUACAUCAAAAGUAAGGACUGUGGGUACUGCCACAGUGAAAAGGAUCCGAUUGAAUCCGGUUAUAGUUUAGACUCAUACCGUAAUGAAUACAAAAGACAACAAGUAGAGGAAUUAAAAAAAUAUCCAAACAAUGCUACAAUUGGCUUUACAAUUUUUUUAUGUUCACCUCAAUGUUAUGAGCAACUCAUGAAUAGAGGCUUUAGAAGAUCUGGAUCUUUUCUCUACAGACCAGACUUGCUUAGAAACUGUUGCAGACUUUACACCAUUCGUACAAAUUUAGGUUUCAUAAAACACCCAAGCAAGGGACAAAGACACACAAUCAAUAGGUUUGAAAAGUUUAUCAAGGAUGAAGAUGGAAAAGAUAUCAAAAAAGGGAAGCACGUACCCGGGAAACCAUUCAAUAUUAAGGAACAUAUACUCAAUUUAGAAAAAGAUGUGAACCCUUCCAGGUUUCGAACAGAAAUAUGUUCGACGGAGUUCAGUAAAGAGAAAUUCGCUCUUUACAAGAAAUAUCAAACGAGAGUGCAUAAAGACAAGCCAGAGAAAGUUUCAGUAAAUAGCUUUAAGAGGUUUUUAUGUCAGACACCGUUUGCAAGACAAUUCAGUAAACACUCGGAAAAAUACUGGAGCAACUUAAAUACAUAUUGGAAAAGUGGCACUUUUGAGAGAAGUCGCCCUGAUGAUAUACUUGGACCAAUUCAUGAGUGUUACUACUUGGAUGAUAAAUUAAUAGCAAUUGGGGUUUUAGAUAUUCUUCCACAUUCACUAUCAUCCGUUUACUUCAUCUGGGAUCCCGACUACGCUCACUUGGGCCUAGGAAAUCUCAGUGCAUUGCAUGAAUUGGUGCUCACAAAAAUGUUGGGUAAGGAAUACUACUAUAUGGGCUAUUACAUUAACGAUUGCCCAAAGAUGAAUUAUAAGGCAAAAUUUGGUGGGGAGAUCUUGGAUAUUUGCAAACGCAAGUAUGUGAGUCUUGAUCAAGCUGCUAGUUUCGUAGAACAAGGAAGACUAGCCGUUUUCCAGGAUAACGAUAACAAAUAUUCGGUCAAUGUGCCAUUAAACGAGCUUGAGAUUGAUGAUAGCGUGAUUGGGCAGUUUGAUCCCGAUGCUGUACUUACAAAUGUGGCCGAGGAAAUUUAUGGAACAAAUGGAGGUGCUUUUCAAAAGGUAGCGGCAACUGUCUCGAAGAUAUGUUUAAAGUUACCUGCAUUGCAAGUACUUAAUUUGGAGGCAUAUCGUCAGGCCGAAUAUUGGGAGGAUGGUGAAGGGCUGCUUUCACUUCCUAUGGUAUCACCAGGAUUAAUUCCACUGUGGCAGAUGAAUGAAUGGAUAGACGAUGGCAUAUUCAAAAGAUUAAUAAGAAAUGUUUAUCUGUACGAUGGCGAUCAAUCAUUCGAAAGGUUUGAUGCUGACAAGGACUGGCAAAAAUUGAGAGAGGUUUUUGAUUUGCUGCGUCUCCUGGGUCCGAAGGUGUUUGAGAAGCCGAUACUUUUUACCAUAUAA